AAAUAAACACGACGUACGAGACGCGCCAGCUGCGUACGAGGCUAGUUGUGCUCCUGAAAACAUUUUUAGACUAUUUGGCAGACGCACGGAGCACCAGUCGUAUUCCUCUGAUCAUAGGCGGCUCAGUCCCUCCAAAAAGGCUGAGAGAGCCCCUCGAGUGAAACCGGCGCGCCUACGCACGGGAACCGCUACGUGACAUGUACUCGCCCGCCAGCACGACGCCGCCGCGAACACCGCACUGAUGUGCCGCCCCCCAACCCAAGACGAGAUAGCAAACGAGCCCUCGCUCGCGCGGACCUUCUGGCGGCUGCGGGCCGUCGCCCUCGUCGCGUGCUGCGACGAAGCCUUGUUCAGCUUCGCGACGGGCGCGACGCACUACCCUUAUCUGAGGACGCUCGUCCGCUGCCACGCUCGUUCGUCGAGUUUCAGCGGCUCCGCGCGCUGCGGCGACGCCGACGUCGUUUUACAAAGGGGCGCGCGGCUCGGCGGCUGGGCGACCUUCGCUGUCGUCGUGGGCAACGUCCUGUGCGUGCUGCUCUGGGCGCCGCGGAUCGACUCCUUGGGCAGGCGCCAUACUAUAAUAAGAAGCCUCGGCGGCCUCGCGCUGGGUUUACUGGCUCUGGCCGGCGCGGCACAGCUGGACUCGGUCGCCCUGUCGCUCGGCGCCUACGUCGUCAUGGCCGCGACGUCGGCGACGCAGGCCGCCGCCGCGGCGCUGGCGUCCGAUAGCAUCGAGAAGGACGCGCGCCAGAGAACCGCUCUAGCGGUAGUAGGCGGCGCCCGGGGCGCGGGCACCGUCGUCGCCGCCGCCGCGGGCUACUUUGUUUUGAGAAGGGACCUCGAGGACUAUGCAAUACCCUACGCGGCCUGCGCGGCCCUAGCGUUGAUCGGGGCGGCGCUCGCGCGGGGCGCGUUGCCCGAGGACGCGCCUCCACAACAGACGGAGCGCGACUGGCGCCGCGGCGCGCGGGCCCUCGUAUCAAACUGCCACCGCGCGGCCGCGGCCCUCUCUAUUACAACCGCGGCCUACUACGCCGGCUUCUCUAUAUUAAGCUCGUGGGGCAUCUCGCAGCUCGGCCUCGCGCAGGCGACGCUGUCGCUCGUGGUGUUGGUCCAGUAUGCGGGAAUGGCCCUCGGCGCCCUCGCCGCGAGUCUCGUCGGAGGCGCGAUCGCCGUCGCGGGCGGCUUGGUCGCGACGGGCCUCGCGGCGCCGCGCGCACCUUUAUUGGUCUGGGCGCUGCCGCCGAUCGCGGGCGUGGGACUGGGCGCGGCGUCGACGGCGGCGUCGACUGAAGUCGGUAUCGGCGUCGAGCAGGAAGACCAGGGCCAGGCCCAGGCCGUGCUAUUGCUACUGGGCUACGUCGGGGCGGCCCUGGGGUGCCUCCUGGGCCCCCGGCUCUACGCGCCGGAGGCAUCGGUGUUGAGGGCGUCGCUUCCAUUUUUGGUGGGCGCGGGCGUGGCGGUGGCGACAGCGCUCGGUCUCAUCGCCACGGCGCCUCGCUCAGCGGGACCGCUCGAGGAGACGCUCCUCGACGAAGACUCCGAGGAGGCGGACCCGGGCGAAGUGUGACGAUCCAGCGAGGCCUCCACGCCGUCGACGCGAGUCCCGGAAGAGAACUGUAAAUAAUUGUG